GUUCUGUGGCUGCAGGUGGUAUUUCUGGACAAGUUGCAGGUGGUGGUGGUGGUGGUGGUGGUGAUGGUCGAUUCAAGAGCUUUUUGAAGUGGUCAGCCCAUUGUUUCCUUUGUUCUUCCUCUUUGGCAACUAGGUUUCCUUCAUCAUCUUUUAUUGGUUUCAUCUGUGUUGAUCUCUUCCCAGAUAGUAACUUGGUUAUUUGAUACAAUGUUGUCAGGUCUCUCUUACCUGCAGCCUGUUCUGCUCCAAAUGCCAGUGUUGCGUAGAAGUGUCUUUUGUCUGUCCGCGCACUCUUCUUCACUUCUUUGUCCAGUGUUUUAUGCAUUGUACUCAGUUCCUUCUCUCUUUGAGCAUCCUUACACUGGUUCAUCUUCUGCUACACCAUUCUUCUCUCCCGACUCUAUCAGCUUCCAUGUGUCCGUCGAGAUCCAUUCCUUGUCUUCUUUUUUCUUCCUUCCUAAUGACGCUGUGCAGGUUUCUUUCCCCAUAGCUUUCAAAGACUUCCAGCGUUCUUCCACACAGAUUUCUUCAGGGCCGUUCCUCGAUAUUUCCCAUUUUGUCUUGAUGGCUGACGUGAAGAUUUCCUUUGUAGUUUCAUCCUUCAGUUUCCGAGUGUUGUACUUGAACUGUGGUCUAUCACCAACUUCUGUGAAGGCUUUCAACUUGAUUUGGAAGGUUUCUUGCACUAGUUAGUGAGUGAUGUGAACCUACAUCUGCUCCUCUUCUUGACCGUGUGUCAAGUAGGCUGUGUCUCCACUUUCUUAAGAUUGAGAUGAAGUCGAUCUGAUUUUUAGUGUAUUGUGUUCAUCUGGUG